AUGGCAAUUCACAACAAAAGAUUAAGCGACGUUCUCUGCCGAUUAAGGGAUUGUGGAUUGACCGCAAACAAAAGUAAAUGUAUUUUCGGCAGCGAGAAAAUUCAGUUUUUAGGCUAUAUCCUUGAUGGUACAGGUAUACAUGCCGCGACGGAUAAAAUAAAAGCGAUAGUUGAUGCUCCUGCUCCAACGAACAUAACCCAACUAAGAGCGUUCUUGGGAUACCCUCAAAUGGCCGCUACUAGAGUACAGCGGUGGGCGGUAUUUUUGUCUGCGUAUCACUUCGAAAUCAAGCACGUGAAAGGAAUCGAUAAUAGUCGAGCUGAUAGCCUGUCGCGCAUUCCUUUGCCAAUCGACGAAUCGAAAUUUAAGGAAAAUGAAGAUUAUACGUAUUUGAAUUACGUUAUUGAUGAAGUUAAGACGUUAGAUACAGAGCGUGUAGCAAGAGAGACAAUGCAAGAUCCAAUUUUAAAACGCAUCUGUGAGUUUGUUUUGAAAGGUUGGCCAGAUAAAAUGGGUGAGGAGUUCAGUGCCUUUUAUAGUCGAAAAUUGGAAUUUACUAUUGAAGAAGGGUGUCUGUUAUGGGGACACCGAGUAGUAAUUCCUCCAUCCAUGCGAGAGGAACUGCUACAAGAGCUACAUGUUAGUCAUAUGGGGGUGGUAAAAAUGAAGGCACUGGCUCGCUCUUAUAUUUGGUGGCCAAAUAUCGACAGAGAGAUUGAAAAUGUCACGAAAUCGUGUAUCUCGUGUUUAAAAUGGUCCGACAAUCCACCAAGCCUGUACAUCAGCUCCGAGUUGGACGUUAAUCUCACUCUCGCUCACAAUUUUUUUAACUUUUCGAAAAAAAAGAAAAUGGACUUCAAAUCUCUGAACAAAGUUGCCACAUUGGAGAAUCUACCGUGGAAGAAGUUGAUCGAGCUUGAAGUUAAAACAGAUUAUCCAAUCCACAAUAUUCGAUCGGUGAAAACCAAAUUUGGCAAACGAUACGUCGCUGACAUCGGAGGCGAGUUCUCAGUCUUUCUACCUGGAUGA